ACCCCUUCCACAAGGCACAAACAGUAUCAGAUCACAGGUCAAGACUCAAACUUGUAUACAAGAGUCUCAGAUCACAGAUCAGAACCCAAACUUGUAUACAGCAGUCUCAGAUCACCGGUGAAGACUCAAACUUGUAUACAGCAGUCUCAGAUCACAGGCGAAGAACCAAACUUGUAUACAGCAGUCUCAGAUCACAGGCGAAGAACCAUAUUUGUAAACACAUCGUUCUUCAAGAUGCUUUCUUUGGCAGUUCAGAAAACAAAGAGGCUUUGUCACCUGUCCAGACAAAUUCACCAGACAGUCUUAAAAGUUGCAGAACAUCCGCAAUUAGAAGAUUCUGUAACCAACAGUUUUGCUUCUUUUAUCAAUGAGAUCAGACCUGAGCACAUGUCUGACAUUGUGCGCCACAGAAGUAAACGCAUGAUCUUGGAUAACAUUGGUGUUGGCCUUGUUGGUACCCAAACACAUGUAUUCAACAUUAUUCUGCAGUAUUGCCAGGACCUACAGGCAUCAGCUUAUGGAAAUUCUGCUUUGUGUUCAGUAUAUGGUGGGAAGGGAUUGAAACUCUCUCCAACCCUGGCUGCAUUUGCCAAUGGUGUAGCUGUUCACUCCAUGGACUUUGAUGACACCUGGCACCCUGCCACACACCCUUCAGGUGCCGUGCUGCCAGCUGUACUGGCCUUGUCACAGAUGCUUUCAAAUGACAGAAAGAUAAGUGGAGAAGACCUCCUGAUGGCUUUUAAUGUGGGCAUUGAAAUCCAAGGAAGACUGAUGUGUUUUUCUAGCGAGGCAAAAAAUAUUCCUAAAAAAUUUCACCCACCAUCGGUUGUUGGCACAAUGGGAAGUGCUGCAGCUUCAGCCAAGCUCCUCUCAUUAAACAAAGAACAAUGUACCCACGCAUUAGCUAUUGCAGCCUCUCUGGCCGGUGCCCCAAUGGCAAAUGCUGCUACUUUAGCUAAACCGCUGCAUAUCGGCAAUGCUACUAGGUUAGGUCUUGAAGCUGCACUUCUGGCUGCAAAAGGAAUGGAGGCCAAUUCUCUUAUAUUGGAUGAUACUCCUGGAUGUUCAGGGUUUAGUGCUUUCUAUGGAGAUUAUCAGCCAAAGUCAUUAUCCCCAGCAGGCAAGGACUAUGAGUUUCACCUUGAGAAGCAGGACAUCGCUUUUAAGUCCUUUCCAGCUCACCUUGGGAUGCACUGGAUAGCAGAUGCCUCAGUAUCAGUGAGAAACAGACUUAUAAGCCACUCCGGCUCAUUCAGUCCAUCAGAAAUUCAAUCCAUCAUUCUUAGAAUCCCUGUUUCCAAAUACAUUAAUAGGCCCUUCCCGGAAUCAGAGCAUGAGGCGCGCCACUCCUUCCAGUUCAAUGCUUGCACUGCGCUCUUAGAUGGUCAAGUCAGCAUUGACUCUUUUAAUGAAGACAAAAUGUUUCGACACGAACUCCAGAAUCUCCUCAGUAAGGUGGUAGUGGAGCAUCCAGAAGAUAAUGUUGCUAACUUUGAUAAAAUGUAUGGAGAGGUCGCUAUUCUCCUAGAAAAUGGAGAUGUAGUCACAGGAAGAUGUGAUACAUUUUAUGGUCACUGGAGGAACCCACUGAGCAGAGAAUCCCUCCUAAAAAAGUUCUGCACUAACGCAAAAUACGCACUCAAAGAAGACCAAACUGACGCAGUUAUCCAGAUAGUAGAAAAUAUAGAAAAUAUAACAGACAGCUCACAGCUACCAAAGUUACUUCAGUAACUGAUGUAAAUGUAUAAAAUCUCAAAAUCUCAGGUUUUGUUGCACAAAUGAUUAACUUAUGGAUUUGUUUUAAAUGAAGUAAGCAUUGUACAUUCUCAUAUUGUAAAUAUUUUAAGGCAUGAAACUGUUAUAGAGUGUUGUGAUAAAUUUCUAUUUAAUUGAAGUAUUUCGCAAUCAGAAGAUAUUAUAGCAAUAUUUUUACAAUGGUUAACAAAGCAGUAAUAUUAUCUUUACAGAUAUUUCAUUUCUCAUCUUAAUUUAGCAGUAGGAAGUAUGAUUUCUGACUAACUUCUCAGCACAAUGGAAAUUGAUCAAUUUUUAUAUUUUGUACAGAUAUUUAAACUAUUUUAUUACGUUAACAUUAUUUACAUUACUAACAUAUGAUUUUAUUGUGAAAAGACUUUAUAUUUAUUUUGUCGGUGGCAUAAGUUUACUUUUAAUAAAUGUGUUCAAUGUUUAAAUUAUAUUGUUUAGUAAAAAUAAUGCCAACUAUAUUUCUCUGAAGGAAAUGGUUUACAUUUUGUAUAUAAAGUGUAUUUUAUUCUAUUUGCAAAUAAAAGUGAUUUUAUGUACA